GUACUCCAGUCCGGGUCAUGAAUCCGACCAUGUCCACAGCGUAUCCCAGAUAAAACCCCUCAGCCCGAUGCUGAGUCCUUAUUUAAUAGCCGAUCGGCACUGUAAUUCUGGAUAAUCAAACACGCAAGCCAUUCAAGGGGCUUAAAUCACUAAAUGUGUUAUCCUUUAGCCCUAAUCUGUCGAUCACAUCACAAUCGUGGAGCUUUGUUUGUCUCCGAGGCCGAGUAUUGACAGGUCGUCUCUAGGCUAAGCUAUCAGCUAGCCGACUGUUUCAACGUCAAGUUCUGUGAGAUCCAGGAGCUCACUGCCUUCGCCUGAGCAAUCAUGGACUUCGAUAAUAUAUUGUCGAUUGCUUCCCAAAACCAGGGUCUCAGCAGUUUGCAGAAGAAGAGAUACAGCCUCCAGACCGGUCCUCCCAAGAAGGACCCCAAGGUGAAGGGAGUGAACUCCACCGCGGUGCAGGCCUUCCUGAAGAAGAAACAGAUCAACGAUAAAAAGAAAGAGUUACUCAUGAGGAAAGAGAAGGAGGUCCUGACGGCCAAGCGGGUGGAGCUGAAGUCGGACCGCAAGGCGCGCGCCAUGGCCUCCCGAACCAAGGACAACUUCAGGGGGUACAACGGCGUCCCCAUAGUGGAGGAGCCCAAGAAGAGGAGGUCCAAGGGGGACAGCUCGGACGAGAAGCCCAUGGUGAACUGCUACGACCCCGCGGACGAGGACAACUACGAAUACGACCCGUCCGACUCGGAGCCCGACUCGGAGCCCGAGAGGCCGAUGCGGAGAGACCACGGUAGUAGUAGUGGUGGUGGUGGUGGUGGUGGUGGUGGUGGUGGGGUCAAGGCGUCGGCCAAGAAACCCGCCGGCCCACCCAAGCCUUCGGCAGCCCCCUUGGCGUUUGCAGACCUGCUGAAGCUGGCUGAGAAGAAGCAGUUUGAGCCGGUUGAGGUUAAAGCCAAAGCGGUGAAGAACGAGGGAAGGCUGCGCACGGCAGAUGAGAUCAGGGAGCUGGCACUGGAGCGUAAGGUUAAGAGGCUGGACAAGGGCUCCAGAGACUCGUCGAGGCCGGAGAGGGACAGGGAGAGCAGGCCACAGCCCGGCUCCAGCUCCUCUAGGAAAGGGGCUCCGGAGAAGGAGCAUCGAAACGGGAAGCCGGCGAAGAGCUCUUCAGAGAAGUCGGGGGUCUCCAACGCGUCUGGUAAGAGUUCGAGAUCGAUACCGACGGACGCCAGGGACCAUGGUUCCUCUUCCAAGUCGUCUCUCAAGGAGCGAGACAGAGACAGACCCAAGAGCUCGCAAAGCGACCGCGACAGACCCAAGACCAGUUCGUCUAAUCCUUCAGGUGCCUCAACCAACAAAGCCCCCACCAGGGGACCACCUUCUGCUCAGAGCAAGCCGGCCCCCAGGCCCCCGCCCGGCCACAGACCCAGCACCGCAAGUGACCUUAGCUCCAGGAAGGGUAACUCCUCCUUACCUCAAGGACGACCGGGACCCAGUCCCUCUUCUUCACGCCCACCCGGCCCGAGACCUCAGCCUCAGGCCUCUGGGCCGGCCAGGCCAGGCCAGGGGGGCUCGCUGAAGGGAGCCCCUCCCAGUAUGGACAAUAAGGUACGAAAGGGGGAGUCCGUUAGACCUGGAGCGAGCUCCAUGGGCAGACCAAACAGUGGAGCCGCGAGGCCUUCGCCUGGGGGCCCACCCAGACCUGGGGGAGGCCCUCCGGGGAGGCCCGGGGGGGUUCCUCAAGGGAGGCCGGGGGGGGUCCCCCAAGGGGGCAGGACUGGGGGUGUCCCCGAGGGGGGUAGGACUGGGGGGGUACCCCAGGGGGGACGGACUGGUGGGUUACCGCAGGGUGGCAGGACGGGGGGUGGGGCUCAAGCCCGGCCUGGAGGAAGCGGUCACCAGGGUCCAUCUCAAGGCGGGGCUAGACCCGGGAAUGCACCGGGCCGAGCGGGGGCCGCGGGGCAGGCCCCGGGCCGACCCGGACUCAACCCGGCAUCGGGUCCCGGGAGACCCAAGUGUACCGUUGUCUCCGAAACCAUUUCCGUGAGCGGAGCUAGACCGGCGAGACCGGGUGGACCUCCGAGACCGGGCGGACCUCCGAGACCGGGCGGACCUCCGAGACCGGGCGGACCGCCCCGCCCAGGCAUGCCACAGAGGCCCGGGAUGGCAGGAAGACCAGCGGCCGUGCCCUAUGGGUCCAUGGCGAGACCCUCAGCGCCGAUGCUGCCGCCGAUCACGUCGGCCUACAAGAGGAAGUACGAGGAUGAGGAAGACGAGUACGACUCGGAGAUGGACGACUUCAUCGACAACGGGGACAACGAGCAGGAGGAAGUCUCCAAGCACAUCAGGGAGAUCUUCGGUUACGACCGCUCCAAAUACAAGGAGGAGAGCGACUACGCCUUGCAGUUCAUGGAGAGCAGCUGGAAAGACAUGCAGAAGGAGGAAGCCAGGAGUUUGAGAAUGGCCGUCCAGGAAGAUUUGGAGGAGGAGAAGCGAGAAGAAGAUGAGAUCAAGAGACACGCCAAGAGGAAAAAGCUGUGAUGCCCUUACUGCCAUGAACUGCCACACACACACACACACACACACACACACACACACACACACACACACACACACACACACACACACACACACACACACACACACACACACACACACACACACACACACACACACACACACACACACACGCUGAAGAUCCCCUCAACUGUUGGACUUUGCCCCCCCCCCCCCCCCCCCCGCCCUCUGUCUUUGUUUAUGUUUACUCCUCAGAGGAUGAGGGUCUUUACAUUUGAAUCUGAGCUGGAAGACGGAAUUCAGUGCAAGCGUUACACAGGACCUCUCUGUAGUCACCAUGUUUCUCUCUGUUGCCUUGUUCUAUUUAUUUUCCCUUCGAGUCAGAGGUCUUAACGAUGGGGGCUGCGUCGAAGGACAUUGGAACAGGACAGGACUGUAAAUACGGCACUAUAAGUGUAAUUUGAUGUAAAAACACUUUUUGUAAAAAAAAAAUAAUAGAAAGAUCAGACAUGAUGAUGUGAAAUGUUCAACAAAUUCCACUACGGAGCAGACUUGCGGACGCCACCCAGAAAGGUUGCAUUGUUACGUUUUAUCGAUUUAAUUUAAUCCUCGAGAUAAGAUUUCCACAUUGUGGUUUGCAUUUCCAUUUUAAAAGUGGUUGACAGAAAUGA